GGACACUCUUUCCAAUCACACCCAUUAUAUUACAUACCCCCCAAAAUAAAAAACGAGACUUCCCACACAUCCAAAAUCCAGAGAGCAAAAAAAAAAAAAAAUAAUCAAUGGAUCCAAAGCUCGACCUCCUCCUCCGCUCUUUCACAUUCUACAUCUCAUCCAUCCUAUCCAUCAUCCGCUUCUUCCUCGCAAGCUUCCACCGUUUCAAGCAAAUCCCAUCCGCAUUCGCCCUCUCCGACGCCUGCAUUUCCCUCUACUUCCGCCUCUGCGGCCUCUCCCCUGUCUCAAUCGACGUAGACGACACGACCACCCUUCAUUUCUGGGCUACCGCCGCUCGCAAUUUCCGGCCUAGCCUGGUCAUGAUCCACGGCAAGUGCGGGGACUCCCGCUGGCAGUUCAUGUAUCAGGUCGGUCACCUGUCGCGGCGAUUCGACCUCUACAUCCCGGAUCUGCUCUUCUUCGGCAAGUCCUACACCGCCAGAAAGGAAAGGUCGGAAGUCUUCCAAGCAGAGUGCCUGGCGGAAGGGCUGAGGAGGCUCGGAGUCGACAGGUUCUCGAUCUACGGGAUCAGCUACGGAGGGUAUGUUGGGUAUCACUUAGCUGACAUGAUUCCUGACAGAGUCGACAAGGUUGUGCUCAUGAGCACCGGAGUCGGGUGCAACGACGACCAGAAGGACGAAUUGGUGGCGAAGCUCGGCAGGGAUCCGAAACUGUUGCUCGUCCCUCGGACUACGGAUGACCUGAGGCAGCUCAUGUUAAAGUCCGUUUACAGGAGCGGUUACAUGAAGCUGAUUCCUGAUUCUUUCCUUCAGGACUAUGUCAAUGUGAGAGAAAUAGGUCACAAGAAGGAGAAGAUGGAGCUGGUGGAUCACUUGUUGGCCAAGAGCUCUGGUGCAGGAAGAAGCCUUCCUGUUCUGACUCAGGAGACGCUUCUGAUAUGGGGCAAUAAGGAUUAUGUGUUUCCAAUGAAUCUGGCUUACCAGCUGCAGAGGCAUUUGGGAUCAAAAGCAAGAGUGGCAAUAGUCAAAGAAGCAGGGCAUGCAGUGAAUAUGGACGCUCCUGAUGAAGUUAACAGGCUCAUCAUAUCAUUCAUUUUGGGAUAACUGAUGAUAGAACAAAAUUAAUCAUCUUGUUCAGCUCAAUUCGUGGAAUUUUUGGAUAGAAGGAUUCAUUCCUGUAACAAUAGAUUCAUGUUGUG